CCAUGGCAGCAGCGGUUUGCGGCAGCUUGUUGAUGGGAACAGAGGGUUUGCGACGGCAAAGCUACCGGUAUGGCGGGCGCGGCGGAUUGCGACAGCGUGAAGAUGGCAGAGGCGGAACGAAGCAGCGAAAUGCUCAAGGAGAAGGCAAAUAAUUACUUUAAAGAGAAGGACUAUGAGAAUGCGAUCAAGUAUUAUUCUGAAGCUGUGGAACUGAACCCUGACAAUGCCAUCUACUAUGGGAAUCGCAGCCUGGCUUACCUCCGCACAGAGUGCUACGGCUAUGCCCUGGCAGACGCCACUCUCGCCCUGGAGCUCGACAAGAAUUACAUCAAGGGGUACUACCGGCGUGCCACCUCCAACAUGGCAUUGGGGAAGUUCAAAGCAGCGCUCAAGGACUAUGAAACGGUAGUAAAAGUGCGACCCAAUGACAAGGAUGCCAAGCUGAAAUACCAGGAGUGCAGUAAGAUCGUCAAGCAGAAGGCGUUUGAACGAGCCAUCGCCAGCGACGAGCUCAAGAGGUCGGUGGUGGAUUCGCUGGACAUUGAGAGCAUGACAAUCGAGGAGGAUUACUCGGGGCCCAAGCUGGAUGAAGGGGGAAAGAUCACAAUGAAGUUCAUGAAGGAGAUGAUGAGCUGGUUCAAGGGGCAGAAGAAACUGCACAGAAAGUGUGCCUAUCAGAUUCUGGUACAGGUGAAAGAUCUUCUGUCCAAGCUUCCCAGUCUUGUAGAAAUUACAAUAAAAGAGACAGAGAAGAUCACUAUAUGCGGUGACACACACGGACAGUUCUACGACCUGCUGAAUAUAUUUGAACUUAAUGGCUUGCCUUCUGAGACUAACCCCUAUCUCUUCAAUGGGGACUUUGUGGACCGUGGCUCCUUCUCUGUGGAAGUGAUCUUGACCCUGUUUGGUUUCAAGCUGCUGUUUCCAGACUGCUUCUACCUGCUCAGGGGGAACCACGAGACGGACAACAUGAACCAGAUGUACGGGUUCGAGGGUGAAGUGAAAGCAAAGUACACCCCGCAGAUGUUUGAGCUGUUCAGCGAAGUGUUUCAGUGGCUGCCCCUGGCACAGUCCAUCAACGGCAAAGUGCUGGUGAUGCACGGGGGUCUUUUCAGCGAAGAUGGGGUAACGCUGGACGACCUCAGGAAAAUAAACAGGAACAGGCAGCCUCCAGAUUCAGGGCCAAUGUGUGAUUUGCUCUGGUCUGACCCACAGGCUCCGGACGGCCGGUCGGUCAGUAAGCGAGGGGUCAGCUGUCAGUUCGGGCCGGACGUUACUAAGCGGUUCCUGGAGCAGAACCAGCUGGAUUACAUCAUCCGCAGCCACGAGAUGAAGUCCGAGGGGUAUGAGGUCACACACAAUGGGCAGUGCAUCACCGUCUUCUCAGCGCCCAACUACUGCGACCAGAUGGGGAACAAAGGUGCAUAUAUCCACCUGCGGGGGUCAGACCUCAAACCCGAGUUCCACCAGUUCACAGCUGUGCCUCACCCGAAUGUCCAGCCCAUGGCCUACGCUAACUCACUGAUGCAGAUGGGAAUGAUGUAACUGUGCUGGGUCUUUUUUUGGGGGGGGGGGUUUCACCCGCCGCAGCGAGACUUUGGUUUGUUUUUCGUCCAAUUAUUUUUCCAUAUCUCCUCCUCCUCCUCCUCCUCCUCCUCCUCCUCCUCCCUCCCACCAACCCCACCUGACCCACCCUGUCCGCUGAUCUGGAAAAACAAACUGAAGGGAGCGCUGGGGGGUUGUAUUUAUAAAGACUCUAUUUAUGAAAACGACACACAGCCUAAAGAUUUAGAGGCGAGGAAGGAAGUUGGGGAGAGACGGUUGAAAUCUCCACUCUGUUCCCCUCACCUCAGCCUGUGUAUAAUCUAGUGGCUGUUAAGUCUGAUAGAACAAAGAUUGUCAGAGGCUGUGUAUCUGACUGGCCCCUAAGUGUAGUUUAAAUGGUCACUGUGGACGCACAAUAAAAAUAGGCAGGGAUCUUCGGUUCAUCUUCUGUUCAAGAAUAUCAGGGUCGCGAAAACCUGAUUGCUCCAGACACAACUGUCUCUGAUUUUCAUUUCAAGUCGCACUAAAAAAUUAAAGUUAUUGACUUGGGCUGCUGGGUAAAUCCGGUGACCCUGCGCCCUGUCCUGCUUUUGUAAAAACUUGAAACUGAUCAAGGUUUACAGCUACAGGCUACCAUAAACAAAAUGCUUUUACCUGAGAGCAGAUUUCUCGUCAGUCUGAUUGCUGGCUAAUUUUAAUGACCAGCAAGGGCUGGACUUGAUGCAGUCGAGGUGGAUGUCUUCCCCAGCUGUUGAAAUGGGAGUGGUCAAGGGUUGUGUGGGUCCCGCAGUCUGUCUUGAAGGUCAAUUGAUAACACUGGAAGUCAGAAAUAGGAUUUACCACAGUGCUGUAUGGGAAGCAUAGAACAUGCCCUUAAGGCUUAGGUGUACCUGAAACCUAGAAUGAACUACCAGCAAGAACUGGCUUUACGUGAUUUGGUGCAAAAGGAUCGCCAGCAUCAUAGUAAGGCUGUAAAGCUUACAGGGGGGAAAAACAAUUCAAUCUUGAAGCUGAAAUGGCUCACACCCUUGACUCCCAAUUUUGAUGCAAUAAAAACUAUGUUAGUUUCCAGUUACAGGCAGUGGGAGUUUUCUCAUAGUUUACAUGACACAUUCAGGCUUAUAAAGGGUUGCAAAGAGUUUUUCUCUUAAAGGGAAAGUCAAAUUGGCCGCACAUCCCUUAUGACGAUGAUGGGAGUCCUGUUUAAAUACAGUCGUGCAAAUGUAUUAGAACACCUCAAGAUUUGUCAUUCUACGUCGUUCGUAUGCCUCCCUGCAGUGGCUUGAUUUCACAUGCACAACAAAUCCAAACAACAGAAGCAACGGGGUGUUCUGAAAAAUGCGCACACUACUGUAUGUUUUAAAAAAAAAAAAAAUCAAAAAUCAAAUACAUAGAUUUUAAGCAUAAGCAGAGACUUGCAGAUGUUAUUAAGCCUUGUAGAAAGAAAGCCCACAGUUUACUUGUAGACCGUGUCAGUCCUGUGUUUAUACAUGGCUGGGCAAACUCGCUUGAACCCUGUGUAGGACUGGUUUGUUAACCAAUCUUUUGUCUGUAGUUGAGCCUUGAAAAGACCUAGGGUAUCAUGGAGUAUGGGUUAUCCAUGUUUUGUUUUGUGGACUGGCUUUCUGUUUAAAAAUGCACAAUAGCAAAGUGUGUUGGUGUGUCUUUACAAUAUAUAUGUAUAUUUUUUAAAGGCACUAGGCUGUCAAGUCAUAGACGUGUGAGUUUGAGUGCUGAGGGCAUUUCUGUCAUUUCCAAAGCAUUGUUAUGACAGAGCGUGGUCUUUGCCCCAUUCAUUCCCAAUUCCAAUUCCCAUUCCAUUAUAAUCAAUUCCAACACAUCGUUGAUUAAAAUUGCAAUUAAAACGAGCACAGCGACAACAGGUGACUUCAAUUGAAAUCACUGUUCACUCAAUUAAAUUGGCUUCAAAUGAAAAGCAGUUAAGAUCGCAACAAGUGUUCAACUGCUUUCAAAGGAACUGGAAUUUAAAUCGAUUUUAAAAAGGAAAUUGAUUUGGAAAUGGAAUUGGAUCAACCCUGAUCAGGAAGCAGCAGCAUAGUGGUGCACUGCGAUUGCAUGUAAGAAGGAUGAAAUUGCUCAUAAGCGGGAGGGUAGGGGGGAAGGAUUUUAAAUUCUUGGUGUUGACAUAGCAUACUGAAAUAUGAUUUUAAUACUUUUUGUUUUGGGGAUAUUUCCUCAUCAGGUUGUGUUUUAUGUCUGCAGCACAUUUUUCAGAAAUCUAACGAAGAGGACAGUUUGGUCUGGAAUUACCUGUGCAGACACAGUAACGUACCCAGAGUCUGUGUCUAGUUUCCAGCUGUGGCCAAACGUUUUGCAUCAUCUAGAAUUUUCAGAUUGAGAGAAAAAAAACUGUAAACAAUUUAUAUUUUUAUUUAAUGUAAUCAAAUAAACUACAAAAUGUGUAUUGCAAAAGUCUACAGGAAGCCAUACUAGUAUUUCGCAUUGUCAGAUUUUUCAAUUUGUCAGUUAUUUGUCAGUUACAGUUAUUGUGUAUAUUGGGGGGGGGGGGGGGGGGGGGACUACAAAGCAGUAUAUAAUUCACUUUGAAACACGACUGUAUGAAGCACAAUGUGUUAAUUCUAUAGGGUGAUGCAAAACGUUUGACCACAGCUGAAGAGUAUUGAAUGUGAAAUAUAAGUGAAUGUACUGGGGGCGAGGAGGGAUGAAGAAGGACACACACGAUUCUUUCUGACGGAGACAGACAAACGGGAGUAAUACCCACAUCGGCUCUCCCCGGAGUUUUUAUAAGUUUUGAUUUUGUUAUUGGAUACGCCUUUUGUGUUUAAGAAUACGCAGUAAUAAUAAUAAUAAUAAACAGACACACAAAGCUA